AUGAACCUGGCCCAGUGCGAGACCCUGGAUGAUCUCAAGCUCCACCUCUCUGGCUCGGACUACGGCAACUUCCUCCAGAACGAGCCCUCCCCCCUGGCCACCACCACCAUCUCCCAGAAAUGCACUGAGAAGAUGGUCGCCGAGUUCCGCCACCUCCGUGCCAAUGCUGUUCCCCCCCUGUCCAAGUUCCUGGACUACAUUACCUACGGCUACAUGAUCGACAACAUUGUUCUCAUCCUGACCGGCACCCUGCAUGAGCGCGACACCUCCGAGCUCCUGGAGAAGUGCCACCCCCUGGGCAUGUUCGAGGCCCUGCCCUCCCUCUGUGUGGCCACCACCACGGCCGACCUGUACAACUCGGUCAUCAUCGACACCCCGCUGGCCCCCUACUUCUCGGCCUCCCUCAGCGAGGCGGACCUGGACGAGCUGAACAUCGAGAUCAUCCGUAACACCCUGUACAAGGCCUACCUGGAGGACUUCCACGCCUACUGCCAGCGCCUUGGUGGCACCACCGCCGAGAUCAUGGGCAAGCUCCUGGCCUUCGAGGCCGACCGCCGUGCCAUCAACAUCACCAUCAACUCCUUCGGCACCGACCUGACCAAGGACGAGCGCUCUCGCCUGUUCCCCACCAUUGGCCAGCUGCACCCUGAUGGCCUGGCCCGCCUGGCCCGCGCCGAUGAUGUUGAGGGUGUCGCCGCCGCUUGCAGCCCGUACCCCGAGUACAGCCGCGCCUUUGAGGACGCCGAGGUCGAGGGCAAGUCCCUGGAGGAGUGCUUCUACGCUUACGAGGUUGAGCUCCUGAAGUCCAGCUUCGAGCAGCAUUUCCACUUUGCCACCUUCUACGCCUUCGUCCGCCUGAAGGAGCAGGAGAUCCGUAACAUCGUCUGGAUCGCCGAGUGCAUUGCCCAGAGCCAGCGCGACAAGAUCAACCACUACAUCAACAUCUUCAACUAA